AUGGCUGAAAAAUCAAACAGAAGAUCUAACAAAAGCGCAAUUCACAACGUCUCCGCUGCCACAGUUCGACGCAGAGUGGGCGAUCUCAGCAACUCUUUGCAACGAAUGAGCAUCGAAGAACGCAAAGACAAAACUGGAAACUUCACCUACAACCCAGAUCGCGUAAUUGGCAAUGGCAGCUUUGGUGUCGUUUACCAAGCCACAAUUGCAGAAACAGGCGAAACAGUUGCUAUUAAAAAGGUUUUCCAAGACCGCCGAUAUAAGAAUAGAGAGCUUCAAAUAAUGAAAGAGCUGAGACAUCCGAAUAUGAUUGGGAUGAGGCAUGCUUUCUAUACUUCAGAAAACAAGCCUGAUGAGCUUUAUUUGAAUAUUGUUAUGGAUUAUAUUCCUGAGACUGUUUAUAGUGUGAUUAAACAUUAUAAAAGAAAUAAGCUGUCAGUCCCUAUGCUACUGGUUAAACUUUAUAGCUAUCAGAUGAUGAGGGCACUGGCUUAUAUUCAUCAAUUAGGGAUUUGCCAUAGGGACAUUAAGCCACAAAAUGUACUGGUAAACCCUAAUACACAUGUUUUAAAAAUUUGUGAUUUUGGGUCCGCGAAAAAAUUAGUUAAAGGAGAACCAAAUGUAAGUUAUAUUUGCUCUAGAUAUUAUAGAGCUCCUGAACUUAUUUUUGGGUCAACUGAUUACUCUGGGACUAUUGACGUGUGAAGCACCGGUUGUGUGAUUGCAGAAAUGCUGCUAGGGCAGCCUAUAUUUCCAGGGGAAAGUGGUGUUGAUCAGCUUGUCGAAAUUAUCAAAAUCCUAGGAACCCCAACUCGUGAACAAAUUUUAGAUAUGAAUCCAAACUAUACUGAAUUCAGGUUCCCACAAAUCAAGCAGCAUCCAUGAAAUAGGGUUUUUAAAGCAAGAACUCCUCCAGAUGCAAUUGAUUUCAUUGCAGGUUUGCUAGUUUACUCUCCCCAACUUCGUCCAACCCCUAUGCAAGCUUUGUUACAUCCUUUUUUUGAUGAACUUAGAGAAAGGUCUACUAGUCUUCCUAACGGAGAAAGCCUGCCUGAUUUAUUUAACUUUACCCAAGAAGAAAUCGAUUCUACCACAUUUGACAUCAUACAAAGACUUAUCCCAUCAUGGUACUCAUCUAGGUAA